AUGGCGGAAAUCACAGAACUGUGGCGAGAAUGUGUACGGUGGAUGGUUGAAUGUGGAAUUCUGGAUUCCAAACAUCGGGUAGCGGAAGCAGAUGCUGAAAUCGGUGAAUUCGCGACUAUCUUACGAGAUGGUGUAUUGCUUUGUUUACUUUGUAAUCGACUAUGCGAAAAUUGUAUUGACAUCAAAGAUUUACAACAACGGCCACAAAUGGCUCAGUUUCUUUGCUGCAAAAAUAUAUGCGAAUUUCUAAAAGCAUGUAAAAAUACAUUUGAAAUGAACUCGGAAGAUUUAUUUGAUCCAUGGGAUCUCUAUCGCCUUGAUGAUUUUGGCAAAGUGCUGAGAACGCUUUCUAAAUUAUCCGCGUCUCCUGUAGCAAAGCUUAGUGGUAUCAGGGGAUUCCCAUUACGUAUAUCUUCAUUAAAUUCGGUGGAGUAUUAUAACGACAAGGUUAUUUAUAAAAAUCUUCGCCAAGGAGCAGAGGUAAAUGAACCUGUACUCGAAAAUGCAUAUGAUAUGGGUAUCGCGGAGGAGGAGAAAACCAGUGGCCGAAUUUACGAUUCUAUUGUGUGUCAACGAUCUAACAGUCAACGCGAAUUGAAAGCUAUCGAAUAUGACAAGUGGUUAAACUUCAAACCAGAUUCUCGACGUGAACAUUGCAUCAAGGAAUUAUAUGAUACGGAAUCAAACUAUGUCGAGAAAGCGCUUGAUAUGAUCAUAAAUAAUUUUUACACACCACUGGAGGAAGUGCUAUCGAAGGAUGAUCAUAAAAUGAUCUUUAUGAAUAUUUUGGAAUUAGCAUGUAUUCAUCGCUCAUUUCGUGAUCAUUUACGGCAAGCUGUCUUCUAUACCGUUGGGUUGGAGGAGCCUUCGAACGAUGAAAAACCAGUAACAAUUGGGGACGUAUUCAUUACGUGGAAAGAGAAAUUCGUGGCUUAUGGAGAAUAUUGUUCGAAAUUACCAAAUUCACGUUCACGCAUUUGUUACUUGGAAAAGACGGAUCCGAUCGUGCGACAAAAGAUUAUUGAUUGCGGUAUAGCUGCUAAUCGCAAUCAGUUCCAUUUGCAGGACCUGCUCAGUAUACCUAUGCAGAGGGUUUUAAAAUACCAUGUUCUUCUAUCGGAGAUGAUAAAGCUUACCUCAGUGGAUUCGUCGGAUCGCUUACCUUUAGAAGAAGCCAAAGAAGCGAUGCAGGAUAUCAAUUCCUAUGUCAAUGAAAUGAAACGUGAUUAUGAGAUGCAGCAACUGGUUAUGGAUAUUGAAACCAGUAUAACCGAUCUGGAGCUGCCCAUAGGCAUGCAUUUAAUUAACUACGGUCGAUUGGUUAAAGAUGGUGAAAUCAAAAUUGCCGAUCAAAGUAAAGAUGGCAAUCGACUUAAAACGCGCUAUGUAUUUGUUUUUGAUAAAGUGAUGAUUAUUUGUAAAAGCCUCAGAGGAAAUCAAUAUUCAUAUCGAAGUGCGCACAUACUAAAUGAUUACCGCAUCGGUGUUGAUGCUGAUAAUAACAACAAAAUUGGUACAAUAACUCGUAAGCUGACAGCUAAUGGUGGUUAUUAUUUCUCUUUAGUGCAAGAAUUAGAUGACGGUAUUACCAACGUCCUCAGUAUUUGCUGCAAGACUAUGCUUCAGCGAGAUAGUUGGGUGCAAAACAUUAUAGCGGCACAAAGCAAUGUAAGGCCUAAAGAUUCGGAAACAUCAGGUCACUGUUUGCAGUAUCAUAGCUACGAUAAAGCUACUGUCUGUUUUCACUGUGAAAAGCUUCUUGCUGGUCUCUUCUAUCAGGGAUACCAUUGUUCCGAUUGCAAGCGAAAUUUGCAUCGUGCAUGCUUGUCGAUGAGUAAAUGUCCAGGAGUUGGUCCUAUAACAAGAACUCAAGUUUCAAAUAGGCGGAAACAUGCUGCUUCCUUGCAACCUCAUGAAUGUGUUCGCGCAGUACAGUCAUUUCAUUCAAACGAUCCACUGUUUCUAUCAUUUGAAAUGAAUGAUUUGAUAGAAAUCACUCAACGAAAUGUUGAUGGUACAGUGAUGCUGGUUUUCGAGAAGGUUACUGUUUCGAAGGAAUUUCAAUUAUUCAAUGAAAGAUUCGAGAAAUGGUUUUUUACUUUUUUCACUAAAUUAUUACAGGGACGAAUUGUUGCUUUUCCUAAUCGAGCUGGACUUAUUCAACCAGAAAUUGUCCGACGAUUUCGGAUAUCGGCAUCGUCACUGCAUAUGGGUUCAUCGACAGGUAGUUCAUUAACUAGCGUUACACUGUCAUCACCGGUAGAACAUUGUGACUCUUGGAUUAUUAGUUCGCCUCAGUUACAACUGCCUCUUACAAAUGAACAACGCAAGUCCUCUUCCUCGAUCGAAAAUAUGUUUUUGCCUCAGAAAUCACAGAGCCAGGAUUAUGUGAAUACGGAAGUAGUAGGCCAGCAGUGGUAUCGAGGACCGAUGAAGCGAUGGGAUUCGGAGGAACUUUUGCGUGGUACACCAGAUGGUACUUUUUUAGUACGAUUCAGUUCUGCACAACAAAAAUAUGUGAUCAGCAUAAGUUUCAAUGGUGAUGUGAAGCACACAAAGGUAGAACAGUCUCCAGAAGGACGUUAUUACCUGGACGAAAGUACAAUGUUUUCAAGCGUCGUGGAAUUGAUCAACUACUAUAGAGAAAAUAAUUUACGAGAGUCAUUCGAAACUUUAAAUACUACUUUACGACAUUCAUAUACCGAUAAACAGCCAUAUAUCGCCCUGCAUAAUUUUGAAGCAUCAGAGCCAAAUUUUCUCACUUUAGUGGUUGGUCAGAAAGUCUACGUGAUUAGUAGGACUGGUGAGGAUCGAGGAUGGUGGAAAGGCCGAAGCGGCAAUAGAGUGGGCUACUUCCCACUUGCUUAUGUUGCACCAGCAGAAGAUGCAUAA